AUGGCUCACACCGGUCCAUUGGCACAGGUACGCACUUUUCGCCACCCUCCUAUGGUUGAACCCAUACUGACACUUCUCUACAACAAGCCUAUCACCCUCAAGCUCUCGGGCAAGGUUAUCAAAAAUCGUCUAUACCGUACUCCCCUCAGUGAAUAUGCCUCGACAUACGACGAGGACAACGUUGAAAACUGUGGAAAGCCCCUCCCACGUUACGCAGACCUCUACCAAGAAAUCGCCGAUGGCGGCGCUGGUUUGAUCUGCACUGGCAAUAUCCCCAUCCAUCGUGACAACUUGGAAAACUACAACAACGCAGUACUCGACAUCAACAACCCCUGGGAUCCAGUCGAGGCCUUUCGUCCUGCUUGCCAGGCCGCGAAGUCCCGAGGCGCGAUCUUUCUUCCCCAGCUGCAGUUUCCCGGUCGUCAAGUGCCGGAAUUCCUGAAUGCGAACCCGAAGUCUUCGUCUUCUGAGCAGCUGGAGCCUUGCCUGAACAAGACAUAUGGUAAGCCCUCGCCGUUGACUAGAUCCGAGAUCAAGGAUUUGCAAGAUCGGUACGUUUGGGCCGCGGAAGUACUGUUCAAGGCUGGCGCCGAUGGUAUUAUUCUACACGCGAGUCACGGAUAUAUCAUGCAGCAAUUCCUAUCACCCUUGAUCAACAAGCGAACUGAUGAGUAUGGUGGAAGUCUGGAAAACCGCGCCCGGUUCAUCCUCGAGACCGUCAAUGCAAUCAAGGCCAAACUUCCACUGAACGAAUUCGUCAUCGCCGCUAAGCUCAACUGCCAUGACUUCAUCGAGGGGGGAACUAGCUUCGCCGAACAGUGUGUCGUUAUUAAAUGGCUUGAGGAUGCUGGAGUGGAUUUCUUUGAUAUUUCAGGUGGAACCUACGCCUCCCCUGCAUGGAGAGGAAACAUCAUGAAAGAGCUGGCAGAGAGACCCUCACAGAAGGAGAGAGGAAGCUACUUCAUUGAGUGGGCGCAGGAAAUGAAGAAAGUCUUGUCUCGUGCUGCUAUUGGAACGACAGGUGGCUGGAGGGACAGCCAUCGGAUGUCUGAAGCCGUCGAGGGAGGUGACAUUGAUAUGAUCGGACUUGGACGACCACUUCGUGAAGAUCCGGAAUUUGUUAACCGAGUUCUCCGAGGAGAAGUCAGGAAAAGCAACCUUUAA